AGCUCUGCAUUUAAGUACAAAUAGUGAGUGAAAGCUGGCCUACAUCAUUGUAUCAUGAUUUACAGAGCAAUACUACCAUUCUAUCUUAUAAACCUGUGCCUCUGUUUUCCUUCACUAUCUCAAAAAUCAAUUUUCUUAUUUACAACUCCUCAGAUCUAAAUUCUUCCAUAUCCGCAACCUCAAGCCACACAAGCACAAAAAUGUUAACCAUUGUUGCAUCUUAUUGUGUUGUUCCAAAUGAAGAAACUCCCGAGACUCGUUUAAGGUUAUCAGAUUACGACCAAGUGGUGCGUUUGGGUCACACACCCACUAUCUAUGUUUACAAAGCAAAGCACAACCACAACACCACCGAGAAGAUGAGAAAGUCACUCAGCAAAAUUUUAGUGUUCUACUAUCCAAUAGCUGGCAGAUUGAGCUUAACAGAAAGUGGUCGAAUCGAAUUGGAUUGCAAUGCAAAGGGAGUCACAUUUCUUGAAGCUGAAACCACAAAAUCAAUGGCCGAUUAUGGAGACUUUGCACCUUCUGAAUCCAUCAAGGAACUCGUUCCAAAGAUUGAUUAUACUACACAACCUAUAGAGGAGCUUCCUUUGUUGUUUGUGCAAUUGACAAGGUUCCAUGGUGGUGAAGGCUUUGCCAUUGGAUCGGCUAACUCUCAUGUUUUGUCUGAUGGGCUUGCUCAUAUUCGAUUCAUGAAUUCAUGGGCAAAGGUGACUCGAGGAGAGACACUAGAGCCACAUGAAAUGCCAUCUUUGGAUAGAACAGCACUCAUAUUCCAACGUUCACCUUCAUCACCACGCUUUGAUCACCCAGAGUUGAAGCCUCUUCCUCUGAAACUUGGAGCCUCCGAUAAUGCUGCUGAGAAAAAGAAGAAGACAAGUGCUGUGUUAUUGAAGCUAACAGCGAAACAAGUGGAGAAGCUGAAGAAGAAGGCCAACGAGCAACCCGUGAAAGAAGGGUCGAGACAUUAUAGCAGAUUUGAAGCUAUCACUGCUCAUAUAUGGAGAUGUGCAUCAAAGGCUCGUGAACUUGAUGAGAAGCAACCAACUCUACUUAGGUUCAAUGUGGAUAUUCGCAAUAGACUAAUUCCUCCUCUUCCUAGGAACUAUUUUGGGAAUGCUUUGGUGGCAACAGUGACACCAAAAUGUUACGCUGGAGAAAUUAUGUCAAAACCAUUGAGCUAUGCUGCCCAAAAAGUAAGAGAAGCAAAUGAAAUGGUUUCAAAUGAGUACAUAAGGUCACAAUCAGAGGCUGUAUUAGGGCAGGAACACUUAGAUUGCAUAAAGGCAUUCUUCAUGGGACAAGGAGAACGUAGCCUUGCUCAUUUUCCAGGGAAUCCUAAUAUUCAGAUAACAAGCUGGAUGAACUUGCCGGUGUAUGAAGCAGAUUUUGGGUGGGGAAAGCCUAUAUAUUUUGGUUUAGGGUAUGUGAAUUCACAUGAUAGGGCACUGAUUCUUCUGAGCCCAGAGGGCGAUGGAUCUGUUAUUGUGUCCAUACACUUCCAGAUAGCACAUAUGCAACUUUUCAAGAAACUCUUCUACGAGGACUACUCUAAACUCUAAACUCUUGUAAGGUAUGUGUGUGGAAAGGAAUAUUUUACAUGAACAUAUGACUACUUGCCAUAUCAAUAAUCCAUGCAUAUAUUAAGUUAUCAUCGAUGAUUCUUCAGUUUCACACUUAUACAAAUUUAUGGAUCUCACUCAUUCUGCUGUGAUGGAGAUGUUAUAAUAGUUGCUCAAAAAGUAGAAAAUCAUAAAAAUCCUCGAACAGAGACUCACAUCCACUUAACUCCUAUCAAACUGUGUCUGGUGUAGCUUUAUUCAUUAGGAAUAAAUCAUAUUUUUACUUUUUAUAUAUACCUGUCAUUGUAUAUUUGAAUAACUUUUACUAUGUGAUAAAAUUUAAUUUUUUAUAA